UUUCCGUGUCAGUGACAGCCACUGGCAGCGUUUUGAUUCGCCCGACGCAGCCGCUCGGCUUUUCAUGCCCCCUCGCCCCGCGCGCGCUUCAAACACCGGCACCUCGGAUCCCACGCGACCCGACGCCAGCCAGCCUCCGCAGCUCCACCCUGACCGCCACCGGCUCCCCCGCCGUGCCACCUAGCUCGCUCGCUCGUCCUUGUCCCGGGGCGCGCACGUCGGCCGUGCGGCAUGAAGCGGCACAACGCGGGCGAGUUGCCGCUGUCGUCGCCGGCGGGCGACGGCAAGCGGCUGCUGGCGAACGAGGAGGAGGCGGAGGACAAGAUGGACAAGUACGACAAAGGGCGGGUCCGCUGUUCCCGGCUCUGCUUCCUCUUCGCGGUCGCCGCCACCGUAUCCAUCCUCGCUCGCCACUGCUACGACGCCGGCCUAGGCCGUGGCGAUAGUGCCGGCGUGGUGCGCAUCGAGGCCGUGCCCCACGGUCUGCCGCCGCCGGUGCAUCGGGAGCGGAAGAUCGUUCCGAUCGCUCGCGGCGGCGAGCCGUCGGAGUCCCGACAUUCCACCUCGUCUCCGGUGGACGCUGGCGAUGACGCUGACACGUCGUCGAAGCCUUCGGCGUCACGGUCUGACGAGUCCGCCAAUGGAGGCAAAACAUCGUCGAAGCAGAGCUCGCCCUCGGGGGCUCAUGCUCAUACCAAGCAGCUCGGCAGCCACCCCUUCGCCCGUGCGCUGGCCUCGGCCGCCGACAAGGACGACCUCUGCGGCGGUCAGUACAUCUACGUGCACGAGCUGCCGGCCCGCUUCAACAAGGACAUGGUCCAGAACUGCGACAAGCUGUCGCCGUGGACGGACAUGUGCAGGUACACCACCAACGGCGGCUUCGGCCCGCUGCUCCGCGGCGGCAAGGGCGCGUUCCAGGGCAACGGCGCCGGCUGGUACGACACCGACGAGCACGCGCUGGACAUCGUCUUCCACGAGCGGAUCAAGCGGUACGAGUGCCUCACCGACGACCCUUCCCUCGCGGCCGCCGUCUUCGUCCCGUUCUACGCCGGCCUCGACGUCGCGCGGCACCUCUGGGGUAACAACGUCUCGGCGAGGGACGAGAUGGCGCUGGACCUGGCGAGCCUGCUGGCCAAGAGCCCCGAGUGGCGCGCCAUGGGCGGCCGCGACCACUUCUUCGUCGCCGGCCGCACCACGUGGGACUUCCGGCGGAAGGAUGACGCCCAUGCUGAGUGGGGGAGCAGGCUGCUGAAUCUCCCCGCCGCCAAGAACAUGACCGCGCUCGUCGUGGAGGCCAGCCCGUGGCACCUCAACGACGUCGCCAUUCCCUACCCGACGUCGUUCCACCCGGCGAGCGACGAGGACCUCUUCUUCUGGCAGGACAGGGUGCGCGCGCUGAACCGCUCGUACCUCUUCUCCUUCGCCGGCGUGCCGCGCCCCGGCGACGACAAGUCCAUCGAGGGCCACCUCGUGGACCAGUGCAAGGCGUCGGACUCCUGCUCGCUCAUGGAGUGCAGCACCACGGGUCCGGACAACAAGUGCGAGUCGCCGGCCAGCGUCAUGAAGCUCUUCCAGAGCUCGACGUUCUGCCUCCUGCCGCGAGGAGCCACCGACACGCGCCGUCACGCCUUCGACGCCAUGCUAGCCGGGUGCAUCCCGGUGUUCUUCCACCCCGGCUCGGCGUACGUGCAGUACGUCUGGCACCUGCUCAAGACCCACACCGACUACUCGGUGUACAUCCCCGAGGAUGACGUGCGCACGAAGAACGAGAGCGUGGAGGAGAAGCUCCGGAAAAUACCGCCGGAAACGGUCGGGGCAAUGAGGGACGCCGUCGUCGGCCUCAUCCCGUCGGUGACCUACGGCGACGCGACGUCGAGGCUUGAGACGACGGUGAAGGAUGCGUUUGACAUCGCGGUGGCCGCUGUCAUCAACAAGGUGACGAAGCUGAGGAGGGGCAUCGUGGAGGGUCGAGCGGAGGAGGAGAAGAUGGAGAGGUAUAGCUGGAAGUACCCGUUGUUGGCAGAAGGGCAGAAGGCAGAGGACCAUCAUGAAUGGGACCCCCUGUUCAAUUAGCUCGUCAUUGUCGCAACCAUUAUGCGUGGCAUUGUUUGACGAAGAAUUUAGGGUCGUUUGGAACGCGAGAAUUUUUCUAUUCGUGAUUUCUGCUGGAAUUGAGUUGUUUCUUCACGAAAAAUUCUUGUCUCCCAAGCAUCGUUCUCUUACAUUUUAUACUCGGUUGUAGAGUUCUGUAUUAUCAUUAUAUAUGUAGUGAGAACAAGCUCACGGCUGCAAAGUGAA